UUACGCGCGCUCUCGCUCUCUCUCUCUCCCUGUGGCACUAGUAGAACACUUCUUCCCAGACACUCCCCCAUGCUUGCACGUGUGGCACUUUAUCACUUGCCAAAGGCGAGCGCCGUUGUAGAGAUUCUAUUUUUGAACAGCAACAUGGUGCCAACAAGGUCUGCAGGCAAUUUGGAUACAUGAAUUUCCAAAAGGAGAGGAUGGAGGCAUUGAUCCAUUCAAAAGAUAAGUGGACAGAGUGAGAAAAUGUGGAAAACCAUGGCUUGUAAAAGAGUGCUUCAAAUUAGGGGCAAGAGGAUGGCCUCUAGCCCAUUUGAGGUCGCAGGACGCAUGUGUUCCAGUUUGCAGAGUCCCAUGGGAGAGUCAGGGGAACAGGGGUCUCCCAGAAAACAGGCGCUGCUUUAUUUGAGCGCUUGCCAGCUGAGAGCAGAACCUUCUACGAGCUCUACAAGCUCUCAGAUCCAGACAAAAGGGCAAGGUUGUGUAAAUAUGUGCCCUUUUACAAAAUAUUAAAGUGCACAGGUCUGAAAAAGACCUACCUAGGACUGCUUAAAUAGCACAUCUAAGGGAAAUGCCCAAGACAUUCCUGCAGCAUUUCUGAAGUUCUGUUUUUAUUUAUAGGCAGCUGCAGAUGUUGGUUGAUAAAUUCAUUUUCCUGGGAGUAGGCGAGGGGAAGGACAUCAUUCUCUCAGCUAGAGCCCAGACUGAUGCAUACAUUCCAUUCAGGAUAGUGCAUAAUGAUAAAGAACGACUUGCGAACUAGAGAUUAACUUUAUUGUAUGCCUGUGUAAUUACAGUAACAUCUACAUGUUCAUUCCACGCUAAGGAUAAUCUGAUACAGAGAGCUCAGACCUGUCAGGGGCAAGUAAGUUAUACUUUAGUGUGAUGUACUCUGGGUUGAUUGAUGAGAUGACAAUGGGUUUUUCUUUUUUCAGAUAAUUGGGCACAUAUUUUUGGUGAUCCACAGCAACCGCAAGACAAAAGGAGUUCAUAUUUUCAGAUGUCACCCUUCUUGCGUUACUAAGUAAACUAUUAUAAUAGUGGAAAAAUCACAGUCUUCUCCCUCUCUUCUUCCUUCUCUCCGUUGUCUCUCUCUCUAUGUCUCGCACACACACAUUUUCACACACCCACUCAUACGCUUUGUCAUUUAACUUCAGUCUGUUGUAGAAAUGCUUUAAAAACAAAUGUGAAUGAUUUAAAUGCAUGUAGACAUACUAAAACAAGCUGGGCUUCACAUACAACAUAGAUAGAUGUAUCUGUGAGACAUAAGCCAAAUUAAAUACUGUAUGCCAGCUAUGACGACUGGCCUCCACUGCAGUCAACCAUAUCCAUUAUAACGCCCUAGAGGGAUAAGAUAUUCACUUUUGAUUUGAUCCAGAUAUGUCAUCGUGAUAUUCGCCCCAUCCUUGUGUAAAGAAGCUUGGGUCUCCAGCCUGCUCAGUAACUGUGAAAACACUGUACAGAACCCUGCACAUCUAUGACAAGAGCACACUGGACAAGAUUAUGAGGUGUCCGAUGGGUCCCGCUGGAAAGGUUUACUACCUCACUGCAGAUGUACUCGAGACCAAGUGCCACGUGAAGAGCCCCAAAACCUGGAAGCGAUGUGACGUUCGACCUUUCAUGGAAACCCAAAUUUCAGGGAACUGCAACAUAACCAUUUUUCAUGAUGCAAAUGGAUAUUCAUACCUGUACAGCUACGACUGUACUCUAGUACCAGAUCCACCAGAGAAGCUUCUGAGGACCUGCCCAGUAUGUCCUCUCUUGCUCCAAGUAGACAGCACUGAGGCCUUGGGUGCUGCUCUUUUCACCCUCAACAAGUACAAGGCCCAAAGUACGCUUCCCAUAAGCCUGGCCCUGCACACCAUCACACGAGCCUCUGCGCAGCGCGUACCAUUGCAGCGCACCUUCAUUGAAUAUACAAUUACGGAGUGUGCAGAGGGUGUAACUGCCUCAGGUUUUUGUGAACCAGUGGAUGAUGGGAGAGUGCCAAUUGGUUUCUGUGCUGGAGUUGUUGUUGGUAACAGCUGGUUCCAGCAAGAUGCUAAGGUGUCCUGUGAAAUAUUCCACCCACAGCGCAUUGGCACUUCUGUGAAGGUCAACAUCAAGCCUGUGACUCACGACAUGACCCCGAACCUUCCAGCAGAACCCGGUGCCAGAAUCGACGCUGCUGUCCCAGAAGCCCCAGCCCCGAACCCAUACGAGCCCAUUCAGCCAGCCGUCGUGCCCGAUGACAGACUAUUUGAUCCCAUCCAACAUGUUCCCCUUCCUCUGCCAGAUGAUCCCAUGCCUGUGAGUCCACAGUUCCCAGCGUCCUCCAGCGAGUCUGAGUCAUCAGAGUCUGAGUCCUCCGAGGAGCUCGGGGUCACCAUCUCAAGACCUCCAGCGGACUUCCGCUACAAGCCUUACCGUAGAAAGAGGCGAGCCCUCUUUGGCACCAAACCGCCCCACACCCCGGUGUUCCUCUCGGUGUUUCCCAGCGGUGUCUCUCCUUUCCGCUCGUGCCCCGGUGCUUCUCGCUACACCACUGUGUAGGGCAGCGUAAGAUAAUAAUCACAGUCCAAGAAUAUGAAACGAUCAGAGCUAUUUAGGCAACUGUAUACUCUUAUUCUGACCUGUAUUAAAUAGCAGAUAGCUUUACGAUUCCCCUAAAACUUUUGAGCAAAGUUUUUGGAAUGGUAUUUUUUCUGGUCAUCGAAAUAAAUGGUAUUUUAAAAAUAAAA